GUCUCGGAUCAGAAUCCUGGCCCGUUCGCUUCUGCCCUCUCCGCACUUGCGCUUGUGGUGUCUUCUGGCCUGCAGCGGAUUCCCUGGCUUGCUUUCUUGCUUGCUUUCUUGCUUGCUCUGCUCCACCUCUUCAUAGAUUGCUCUCUUGAUCCCCCGCUCGCUACCUGUUUCCUCCCGCCAACCCAAACUACCCACCAUGCGCAUCUCUGCCUUGGCCCUGCUGGCCCUGACCACCACUGCGUGGGCCGCCAACCCGCCCAUCUUCGUCGACACCGAGAAGCUGCUGUACCAGAUGACCAAUGUCCAAGACGGCCUCUUCAACCUGGUCUCCACUUGCAGCAACAAUCUUGGAGCGGGUCGCUCGACCGCCGCUGAGUGGUUGAGAACCCUCUUCCAUGAUGCCUCGGACUACAACACUGCCACCAAGACUGGCGGUGUCGACGGCUCCAUUCAGUUCCAAGAGGAGCUGAGCCGUCCCGAAAACGCCGGCGCUGCCAUCCCCACCGCCAUCAACCAGUUCAAGAACUUUGUCAGUCCAGGCGUGACCAUGGCUGAUCUCAUUGCCCUCGGCGCCAUCCAGGCCAUCCGAGUCUGCGGCGGCCCCAAGGUUCUGUUCCGCCCCGGCCGUCCAGAUGCCCUGGGUCCCGGCACCCUCUCUCCGCCCAAUCCCAACGACAACGUCACAACCCAUGGCCAGCUCUUCAGCCGCAUGGGCUUCUCCCAACAGGACAUGAUCGCUCUCAUUGCAUGUGGCCAUACCAUAGGAUUUGUCCAUGGUAUCGAUCAGCCCGAGAUCAUCGCCAACGGCACAAAUGUCUCGCUCGACAAGACUCCCUAUGCUUUCGACAACGCCGUCGCCUAUGAAUACGUCAACAACAUCCCCCAGAAUCCUCUUACUACUGGACCCACACUCCCUCGCUCGUCCGAUGCCAACAUCUUCAACCUGGACAACAAGGUCACUGUGACAAACUUUGCCAACAACCCCAGUGCCUUCCAGAGCUCUUGUCUUGAUGUCCUGCAGCGCUUGGCCGAUCUCGUUAGCCCCGACGUCACGCUCCUGGAUCCUCUGAUUCCACCCGGAAGCGUUGGCAUCACCUCUCGCCAGGUGGCCUAUACCAAUGGCAGCAUCAACUUGAUCACGAAUGUUGUGGCAUACAACCUGGUCGACUACCCCAACAAGGUCGUCACGCUCCUCUACAACGAUACCACCGGUACAACUCACUCCAGUGUUCUCAGCCUCCAGCCCAAGGUCCUGACCGCCACCUUCACCUCCACCGAAACCUACUCUGUCACCCUGCCGAUCGACCCUGCCUCUGGCAUCGUGAGCAUCGCUGCUCGCGUCGACAUUGGCAACCAGACCUACAUGGGCGACAACAACGGCACUUGGUAUGCGGUGGACGCAAACAGCAUGGUCAACACCGACCUCACCUGUAGCGUGCUUCUGCCUCCUAUCAACGGAAUGCAAGCCAACGGCGUGAACGGCACUCUUCUGGCCAAGGUCUUGAGCCCCUCUCAGAGUGUCCAGAUUCCGGUCUACAUCAACAAUGGCGUGCCCCACCCGCCCUUGAAUGCUACCCCCAUCACCCUGACGCCUGCCGCCCCGCAGGGCUAUCAGUUCUACUCGUUCAACAUCUCCGAGAACGGCCGCGGCUUCCCCAUCUUCAACAUCACCAUCAACUCGAACACCGGAGCGCAGCUGGAUCUCAACACCAACGCGGGCCCGGGCUUUGUCGGCCUCUCCUAUUCUUACUGCAUCAUCGGUUCAUCCAGCCCUGUGGCCACCCCCACGACCACAGCCAAGAGCUCGGCCGCCAGAAGCUGGGCCCUGACCGGCACCGUGAUUGCCGUCCUGGCCUGGGCCGCUGCUGCUGCAUUCUAGAAGCGCCCAUCCCCCCUCCCAAGUUGUGGUAUUCAUGGGUGUCGCCGUUCCUGUCGUUGUUGCUCCAUAUCCGCCCGAUCGCUGUUUGUCCUUGUCCUUUCACCGUCGCCCGCUCGGAGCCUUGCAUCCUUUCGCGUGUCUGGCAUGCCAGUGAGCACCCUGAGUUUAAUACCUUGUCGCUCCUGGUGACUAUGAAUACACCCUGGCUUUAUUUCUUUCC